AUGACCUCAAGAAAUAUAUUAUUCUCAAUAUCACUCGUGAUUGGCAUCCUAUACUUUACCAUUAUUGGCAGGAGUGGUGCAAGUGAGAGAAGGCUGGUGACCCUGGAAGAAUUGGAAACCAAAAAUGGCGAAAAUGGCUCUCUCAUUUGGUUGAGCAUAUUGGGCAAAGUAUACGAUGUGACGGAAGGCAAGGAAUAUUAUGGGCCAGGUCAAUCCUACAAUUCGUUGACGGCUGCCGAUACCACUGUGCCAUUCGUGUCGGGGACCUUUACGAAAGAAGAAGCCAAGAAGGAUCCAGUCGAAUUGAGUGAUUCUGAUUUGACGGGAAUUUUGGAAUGGCAAAAGUUUUAUUCGGAAAGUGACAAGUAUCAUUUGGUCGGAAAGCUAGUGGAUCCAAGAUAUUACGACGAGCAUGGCAAGGAGCAACCCACUUUUGUAACUUUACUGGAACGACUGGAAAAGAUAAAAAUUUCAGAAGAAGAGAAGAAGGCAGUAAAGGAAGCCAACAAGAAAGCAAGGUUAGAACAAGCAGCAAAGCAAGAGGAAGCCAACAAGAAAGCAAAGGCAGAAGAAGCAAAGCAAGAAAUGUGA